GUGGCCAAAUGCGGUUACUGUGUCAUCGUGAUAGGGAUCUACUGGGUCACGGAGGUGGUUCCACUGGCCGUGACCUCCCUACUGCCAGUGGUGCUGUUCCCUGCCUUUGGCAUUAUGACGACCAAAGCUAUAUGUCGGGCAUAUGUGCAGGAUACGCUGAUGCUUUUUCUGGGGAGUCUGAUAGUUGCUGUGGCUGUUGAGAAGUGGAAUCUUCACAAACGUCUGGCUUUGAGGACACUGACUUUAGUGGGGCCUGAACCCAAAUGGCUUCUACUGGGGGUGAUGCUACCCACCUGGAUCUUGUCGAUGUGGAUGAGUAACACAGCCACCACAGCAAUGAUGAUGCCAAUUGUUACAGCUAUCCUGCAUCAGAUCAAGGACUGCCAGUCACAGGACUGCCAUGAAGAAAUACUGAUGGAUGAGCAUCAUGGAAUGGUAAUCACCGUUGAUGGCACAGAAAAUAACUAUACAGACCACAAAAAGAAGGAGAUGGAAAUUGAGGAAAGAAGACUGACCUACAACAGAGCAGAGAGGGAGAAUCAAUUUUUAGGAUUUGCCAAGACAUUUUCCCUGGCUGCAGCUUUUAGUUCAAACAUUGGAGGAAUGGCUACUUUGACAGGAACUCCACCCAAUGUCAUAUUCAAGGGCUUGUCUGACAGCCUGUACCUGAAAUAUGCAGCUGCCAACCCAGUCAACUUUGCCAACUGGCUGGCUUUAGGUAUACCAAUGGCUAUCAUUCUUUUUGUGUUCCUCUGGCUCUGGAUGCAGCUCUACUCUCAAGGACUCAGCUGCCUGAAGUUUUGGAAAAAGGAUAAAACUUGUUAUGAAAAAGUGAGGAUAUCCCUGAGGGAGGAGUACGUCAAAAUGGGACCAAUGUCAUUUGCAGAAAUUUUGGUGCUUAUCAAUUUUGUACUGCUGGCGCUACUGUGGGUGACGCGAAAACCAGGAUUCAUUCCAGGCUGGAAUUCUUUAUUCGAUCCAGG